AGGGCCACUCCAUGUAUUAUUCCUCCAAGCUUCCCCCAAGGUGGCCACUUGCCAGCCAGCCAGCGUCCAACACUCGGCGCCAUGCUCCUCGCACAAGCCCCCGCCAGAAGUCUCCUCAAGUCCAGAGUGGAGCUCCACAUCCACUUCACCAGCACCGUACGCCUCGAGACUUUGUGGGAACUAAUGAGAUGCAAGAACCACCCACUGCCUGGAGGAGGGACGCUGCAGGACCUCAAGAACCAGGUGGUGGUGAAGGAACCCAAGAACCUGAGCCAUUAUCUCAAGCAUAAAAAGCUUGUGGAGGAGACCCUGGCCGGGGAUCUUGAGGCCAUAGAGCGAGUGGCCUUCGAGUUGGCGGAGGAGCAGGCGAAGGGGGGCGUCCUGUACACCGAAGCGCGGCUCAUUCCUCGUGACCUUCUGCCUCGAACUCACAGCGAAGUGGCAGAACAUGCGGAUAAGGAAGGGAAGAAGGGGGAGGGUGGACAGGUGACCGUGGACUCCAUCUUGCGGGCGGUUCUGAAGGGCAUCAAGAGAGGCGAGGAACACUUCGAGGUCAAGAUAAGGAUACUUCUUGCCUGUAGACGGGAGUACCCUGAGUGGGCCUGGGAGACGCUGAGACUGUGUGAGGAAUACAGGCACGAGGGUGUGGUGGGCAUGGACCUGUCAGGGCGGGAGGGACAGACUGAGGAAGGCGCGGAGCGAUUGAGGAACACCGUGAUUCGAGACGUGUUUCGAACAGCGGCCGCCAGAGGGAUUCACAGGACGGUGCACUCUGGUGAGGCAGGGCCCGCCAGCUGUGUUAAAUACGCGACUGAUGUGCUGAAAGCGGAAAGGAUCGGCCACGGGUACAGAGUGUUGGAGGACGAGGAGAUAUUCGCGAAGUGCCUGCAGCGGGGCGUCCACUUCGAGGUGUGUCCCCACUCCUCACUCCUCACGGGGGCGCUGCUCGACCCUCCCUGCCCACGCCACCCACUCAUGAGACUGGUUGAGGAGGGGGCGAGUUUCAGCCUCAGCUCCGACAACCCGUUACUCACAAACUCGCGGUUGACACAGGAAUACGAACUUGUCACCCGAUGGGGACUCACCGAGGCGGAUAUCACACGGGCCAAUUUCCAAGCCGCCCUUCACUCUUUCCUCCCCGCCGAUGAGAAAGCAGAGUUGAUUGUCAGCCUGAAGGAAGCAUAUGGAGUAACAGAUUGAUGGAUUGAUGUUCUCAGACGCAUUUGCCUCCCUGUCUCACAUCAACUCUAUCCAAAGGCCGGAAAGGAGACUAAUCGGGUUCCAAUGAGUGUUAAGUUCAUGGUACAAAAGGAUCGAACUACCACCGGGGCCGUACAAGUAUCCAUGAAAGUAGCCAGGAAUUAUACAAAAGCCUUAAAUAUGUAGGCUACUUGGGUGUCGAAAUGCCCCCGCUAUCCACAAUUAAAGGAAUAAACACCACCAACACUCGGCUACCAUGCGAUUUAUCCUCGUUACACCUCGUUGAGAAUACGUCACGAAACACUUAACGCAAAUCUUUACUUACUGGCCAAUAGAGGAAUGAUGCUGACAAGUAACUAGAGAAGACACUGUGGAGUAGACGGCGCGAGGAGAGGCGGGCGGGUAAAACGUUGGUGGGCAACUCUAUCCACAAGCAGUGUUACGAUCUUAAUAUUAGGCGUUUUCUUUGUAAGGAAUUGGGUUUUCGCAGGUUAUUUUCGGUUUUAACCCUUUGCUCAUGGCGCCAAAGGGUUAGGUGCUUAUUACAUUAUAUAAAAAUUUUUUUUUUUUUUUUACAGCA